AUGGUUCCGCCUGCAACCGCUGCUGCCAACCUCCCCACCUGCGCCGGAGCUGCUCAGGAGGGCGGCCACCAGCGUGACUGUCCAGCUGACUGCGUGCCGGUCACUCAGGCUGACCUGUUCCGCGUUAGCAUCACCUCCUUCAGCAGCUGUGUUUCCAAUACCUUAACCAUGCAGCCCCUCCUGCUGUUUCCAGAGCAUCAGAUGAAGCAGCUGAGAUGCUCGUGUUCCCUGACUCGGGGCCCUGCCUCCAGGAGCUGGUCCCUCUGCCCUCAAGACGACUCCCACCCUGCACAGAAGGCCGGGGUUUCGGCUCUCAGCCAGUCACCUGAGCCGCAGCGCGGAACCGGCGACAACGCACAAGCAGGCGUCCCGAGCUCCGAGGCUGCGUCUCAGGCUCCUACGUCCCUGGCGUGA